AUGUUGGCGACGUCGCACACAUUGCGGGCCAUUGCCUGCGCUGCGGCCAUGAUGCUCCCUAUGGCUCGCGCGCAGUAUGUCAUUGACAAUCUCAGCUUUGGCCAUAAGGACGGCGAAAACAUUUCUCCCAAUCUGCGCGGAGUGCCGCAUUUCUUCGCGACCGGGACCGACUACACCCCCGAGAUUCUGUCCGACAGGAUAGUCCUUACUCCGCCGUGGCCUGGUCAGAAACGCGGAGCGCUAUGGAGCGAGGACCCGUUGCAUCAUUCAGGGGAUUGGUCGGCGGAGCUCUGGUUCAGAGCGUCGGGAAUGGAGCGCGGAGGUGGAAAUCUGCAGCUGUGGUAUACAAAGGAGCCGCAGAAGCACGAGGCACAUUCGCUCUACACAGCGCCCAAGUUUGACGGACUGGUGCUGGUUAUUGACCAGUAUGAGGGAAGAGGAGGAUCCAUCAGAGGGUUUCUGAAUGACGGGACGAUUGACAUCAAGUCGCAACCGGACCCGGAUACGCUGGCCUUUGGACAGUGCAACUAUCCGUAUCGAAACCUGGGCAGGUUCAGCGAUCUCAGGGUGCAUCAAACCAAUGGCGCUUUCGAGGUUACGAUAGACGGACAUAUCUGUUUCUCCACCGAUAAGGUCCGACUGCCAGAAGGCUACCACUUCGGCAUCUCCGCCUCCAGCGCCGAAAACCCGGACUCCUUCGAGGUCCACAAAUUCGUCGUCUCGACCAAGAACGCCUACACCCGCGAAGAGCCAAAGAAACAACCCUACAUGGACGACCGCCACGCCCAGUCGCAGCAGCAAACCCAACACAACCCGCACCAACAGCAACAACCCAUCAAGUCCAACAGCGACCCCACGCUCGGAGAGAUCCCCCAAAUGCUCUCCGACGUCCUAGCCGGCAGCAUCCGCUCGCAAGCCGACCAAUUCGCCGACCUGCACAACCGCAUCCAGAUCAUCAAUCACCGCGUCAACGACAUCUACGACCUGCUACAGCGCAUGGACCAGGACAGCCAGAACCGCUUCAACGACCUCAUGCACCGCAUCGUUCCCAUCGAGGACCGCACCCGCGUCAUGCAUCUCAUCAUCGAGAACAUUGACCGCACCACCAGGGAGACGGAGCGCGAUUUGCAGAGCAAAGAUUUCAAGGAUGUGUUGAAUACGGUGCACAAUGCGAUUCACGACACGCAUCAGAGUCUGAGUGCGAGUAUGCCGAUUGCCAUGGCGCAUAGUAAGUUCCCCCAUUCUUGGGAUUCCCCCUGGUGGUGAUGUAAAAUAAUGCUAACUUGGAGCAGUCGUCGGUAAGGAGAAACAUAGCAUGUCGACGUACAUUUUCGUUGUCUUUGCAAUCCAGAUCAUGGUCUUUGGUGCGUACAUGGUGUACAAGGCACGGCGGAAGGCGGCGCCGAAGAAGUAUCUAUAAGAAGAGGGCCGUACCUGUUUAUAUGCGUAUGUUUAUCACCUUGUCGUUAUGAUUAUCUGCGAUUCUACGCGAAAGUCAUACCGUCAUACCCCUGUAUGAUUUUUUCCUGGGAAUCGAUGGCAUUUUAGUGGCGUUUGAAAGGUGUUGACUCGGUUCACGUUUGUUACAAUAAGAGG